UAGAUAUUUUAUCAAUAGUUAUCAUUUUUCCAAAAAAAAAUUGUUUGUAAAACUAUUUAUUAAAUUUAUUUUCAAAAAUAUUAAAGGGUAUUAUAGACAAAACUUGCACAAAAUAUAUAUUAGUCUAAAAGGACAUAGUUGUCAUUUUUUUGCUCUAAAAAAACAAUUUUCCCCUUAAAUAAUUACUACAAAUAAAAGCCACAUAGUUAAUAAAUGGGUGGUUAAAAAUACAAGUCUAGUUUUUGAAUAAAAACGAUAUUCCAUUACUGAAAGAGGAUAAGUUCAUCUUUUCAAAGAAAGACGGCGAAAUAAUUGCAUAUGUAAAUGAUUAGGGGUGGGCAAAAAAACUGAACUGAACGGAGUCAAACCGAACCAACAGAACAGAAACCGAUUCAAACCAAACGUAAGUCUAUUUUAAACCAUUCGGUUAAAUAUUUCCCCAACCCGAAUAGUUCAGUUCGGUUUAAAACCAACCCGAAUGGUUCGGUUUUUGGUUUAAAACCGAACCGAACCAAGAAACCGAUGUGUUUUUGUAAUUAUUUAAAAAUAUUAGUAAUACAAAUAUACUAAAAUUCUAAUACAAAACCAUGUAUUUUCCAUUUCUCAUUCAUUAACAUAUAUUCUUCUAACCGAAUAUGUAAUCAUUAAAAUAUUUAAUUUAAAAGAAAUAGAAAAGUAUGUAUUUUUAUAUUCUUAUAUAUAUGUAAACGUGCAUAUUAAGUCUAAACCUAAAACCUAAAGAAAUUUUUAUUAAAAACAAAAGUUCUUCUCCACACUCUCACAUGUAAGAUGAUUCAUUGUAGGCUUUUAAAUAAUAAUAUAAAAGACAUUGAUGAUUCAUUGCAGGCUUUUAAAUAAUGAUAUCAGAGACAUUACUAAUGAUGUUGGAUUUUUUUCGUAAACUUCCAUUUGUUUUAAUUUUUAUAUACCUUUUGUGACUUUUUAAAGGUUUUUAUUUCAGUUUUAUAUAAAUUCAGUUCACAUAUUUUAUGUUUACAUAAUUUAUGUUUUAAAAAAUAAUUAGAUUUUGACCCGCGCUUCGAAAGAGCAGAUUUUCUUGGAUUAUAAAUAAAAUUUGAAGUUGUUAAAAAUGAUAUAAAUUAGUAUUUUGAGAUUAUACAUUAUUAUGUUAUAAAGUGAAGCAGGGAAUUUGUUUAAAAUUAUAUUAUUUAUGAAAUAGCUUGUUUGAGAUUUCGUAUAUACAUUUGUAUUUAUAUGUAACUCUUUCUAGGGUUUGAUCAUUUUAUCCGGAUCCAAGAACAUCAUCCAAACCCAACCCAAAAAUAUAGAUUUGGUUUGGGUUUCGAUCCAAUGCAAAGUAUCUAUUGGAUAAAUUAGAGUUACAUACACAAGCAAACACAGAAAGCAAUUCUUAAUUAUACAUGAUAUGAUUGAAUAUAAAUAAAGUAGGGUUUAUGAUAAUCUUCUCAAUAGUGAGAAAGAUGGAGUUGUCUCCCUUACAAAGCAAUUCUAGAGUAGCUUGUUUCUUGAAAAAAAAAACUAGCGUAAAGACAAUGGAAAGAUAGGAGGCGCUUUUUAUAUAGAGGCGCCGAUAGGUUAGAGGAGAAGAUAGUGUAGUUAGGGCAAAAUUCCAAAAUAUCGUGAAGGUUUCCUUAAAUGUCGGGAGCAAUCACUCGACUUCUCUUUGAGGGAUCCACCAUCAAACUGCUCCGCCUCCGCCUGGCUGCUCCGCGGUAAAACACUCUAAAUAUGGUAUUUUUCUUCAUGCACCCUCAUUCGACUCUGCAACCUACUCCAAACCUAAAACGACUCAAAAAAGACUAGACUAACUCGAAAUAAGACUGAAAGCCCUAUAAAAACAUAUAUACAAUGAUGUCAAAAACACCAUAUAUCAUUUGGCACCAAAACCUUUUUUUAUAUUAGUAUAAAAUAAAGGGCCCAUUCCAUUUACAUUCACGAAUUAAUAAAAUUGCACACCAUAUGAAAAAUAGUAUGGAAAUGAUAAUGUAUUGAUAGAUAAAUAGUAUAUAAAAUUAAUAAUUUUAGGAAAAAAACACCACAUGGUGGUGGACAAGAAGAGAUGGGCGGGUGAAGGUUUGGAUACGAUGGAUAGCAAUGAUGAUGGAGGAUAAUAUGGUGGUGCAAUGACACAAUGGGUGGUGGAGUGGUGGCGUCUAUAUUUCUAUUCUAUAUGUCAAUAAUAGAACAGAACACAAAAACAAAAGCGUUUAACUUCAAUGAUCAUUUUUAGUAUGAGAGGACGAAUAAGCAUAAGGUAUAUCUCACAGCGGCAUAAGCGAAAAUGUAUCUCACAGCAGCGGCGGAGAAAAAUAAAUUGUUUCUUGUACAAGAAGUGAAAUAGAAUAAGAGACUGUGGGAAGAGUUAAGGAGAAAACUGGUUAUAACGGGUCGUGACGGUGGCGAAGGAGAAUAAAGCAAUGCUGGUAAUGGUCAUACCGUACACAGAUGGAGGUGAUCGAGGAGAAAUGACCAGAGGUGAAGUUGAUGAAGAUAUGAAUCAUGUAGGAUGACCAGAGGGAAAGAAAAGAAUCAUGUAGAGGAGGAGAAGAUAUGAUUUUGUUGAUAGAGGAUGAAAAUAAACCACCACAUAAUUGAAGAAGAAAAAGAGACGGUGGAAGGAGGUGAUGUAUUACAAUAGGCUACAGCUGAAAAAGACGAAAUGCAAACACACUUUACCAAUGAGGAGGCAUAACAUCGGGGCACCACUAAAAACGUUCUUUUUCAAUGUAUAAGAAAAUAUUAUAAGGUGGCGUCACCACUGAUGGCCAAGGCACUAGCUGUACGGGAAGCCCUGUUACAGGCCAAGGCUCUUCAUCUCACCAAUAUCUGCCUUAAGUCAAAUAACCAGGUGCUUAUCAAAGUACUAUUCUCGAAACAACAUCCGGUGAGCUCUACGGAAUCAACUUGGAUAUCGAGAGUCUAUCCCUAUCUUUUACGUCUAUUUCUUUUGCUCAUGUACCUAGGAGCUUGAACUCUGCUGCAGAUGCCUUGGUAAAAUCUGCUCUGUACGCCUUGAACUCUUAGCUUCUGCUUAUGUUUUCUUAAUGAAAUAGUUGGUUGAUAAAAAAAAAAAAAUAUUAUAAGGUGUUCAAAAAAGAAAUAUUAUAAGGUGUUCUCUUCAAAUAGGACAGAGUGGAAAGUCUAUUCCAGUUAUACACGUGAAUUGGUAAAGCCGACCAUCAUAUGUAAAAUAUAGCACGUAACUACUGGUGAAUACAUAAAGAAAUAGUAUAUAUAAUUUAAUAUUUUGAAACAUUGUAUAUAAAUGAAAAAUAUAAAUAGAUUAGACAUGUAAAUAGUAUAGUACAAAUACAUAAAACUAUCAAAUGGUCUAGAAAUAAUAUACUAAAUGCUUUAAAUUAUGAAAUAGUAUAUACUUAAAUUUACAGUGAUAUAACAUUAUUCUUUCAUUGCUCAAAGUGUGACUAAACAUAGGCUUGUGUGUCCAGUGUGAUCAUCGUCCUUGGCCUUUUUAGUUUUUUGGUCGAUGAAAGUUGUGGCCUCUGAGCACUGGUAUAGGCUUCUGAUUUAGAUGCUGUGUGGGUUGUAACUCUUUUUGGUACAGGAAAUGCGUUAUUGUUUGGUAUGUGCUGUAGCCUGUAGGGGUGUCUUGUGAGGUUUUUUUCUACUUUGGUGCGAUGGUGUUAAAGUUGUAUCUGUUGGAUACUCAAUUAUCAAUGAAAUUCAGUGAAACCAAAAACAAGCAUUAUUCUUUCUUUUGACCCGCCAUAUUCUUUGUGUCACGGUGGAGAAAGGUUGUGUCGAAGAAUAACUCGAUGAUAACGAACAAGCUCAAGAUCGGUGACACCGAAGGUGCUUACAAUAGACGGUAUCGGAGGAGGUCAAGAUCGACGACAUUGGAGGAGCGAUGAAGAAGAUCAAUUUCGUAGUUUUAGAUCGUCUUCAGCACCUUCGAAACAAGAUUUUCUAGUUUCACCUCACCUUCCUCGUCGGCUUUGUCUUGCCGACCUCAACUAUGCCUUUCGAGUGUCGCCUCUGCUUUGUCGCCAUCAUGAGUUUUUGAUAUUCACAAAAAAAAGAACUGAUUUGUUUUCUUGCUAAAGACUCUGUAAAUAUGUGAAGUACAUUAAGCCACGGUUUAAUAUUUACAAUUUUCUUUAGCCGGUUGCGUCGGUUGUUUAUAAGGAUAAUACAAAAUAUUAUCGAAAACAUACAUUGUAUUCUAGCUAUAUAGGUGAAUUAGUCAUUCAAUCAAUUAUAAUUUUUUUCUGUCAUAGAGUUGGUGCAGUUUCUUUAUUUUAAAAAAUAUUUUAAAAAUUAUAAAAUACCAUAUCACUUAAGAAGCCUUUUUCCCGUCAGUUACGUAUUUAAAAGGGAGAAUUUGUAUGAUAACCAUAGUGGAAGAAAAAAAUAAGAAUAUAGACAUACGUCGAUAAAUGUGAUAAUUUAGUACCAAAGUGGACCAAUAUCUCCUUCUCGUCACGUGAUUAUUUGAAUGAAUUGUGUGAUAUUGUGAUAUACUAUAUUUGGCAAAUAAUAGUACAAAACAAUGAAAUCACAACAAUAACAUAUUACAUCGAAGAAAAUUAAAAAUAAGAAGGAGAAUAUGAAGAAGAAUAAAAGCAAAACAUAAAGGAGGAAACAAAGAAUUGUUGUUUUGAAUAUAGAAAUGAAGGAUGGAGAGAGAGAGAGAGAAAGAAAGAAAAAUAAAGCAAGAGAUGAUAUUGUAUACUCCCUCCGUUCCUAAAAGAUGUAUGUUUUGAAAAAAAAUUUGUUUUAAAAAGAUACAUUUUUUACUUUUUCAACGUAUGAUUUUAUGAAAAAUUGUAAGUUUCAAAAAAAUUAAUGGUGUUUAUUGAAUUUCUAUUGGCUUAAAGUUAUGGAAAAUUGUUAUUCACAAAAAAAAUGCAUAUUUAAUGAAUUUUCUUAAUAUAUGUGAAAAGUCUAAAAUAUGCAUCUUUUAAAAACAGAGGGAGUAUUAUUUAUCUUUCUAUGUUUCUAAAUAGUUUGGAGCACAACAAAAUUGUGUCUUAUUUGAAAACAAAAUCUGACUAUACUAUAUAUAUUUCUAUGAUAGUAUAGAUUUAAAGUUGUGUUUAUGGAAUAUUGUUAAAAAAUUAUAAAAUAUAUGUUUGUUUAUAAAGUUUCAAAACAUAUUAUGUGUAGAAAAAAAUCUAUGUUUUUAUUAUGUUAAAUUCAAAGUUUAAUAAUUGUUCUAACAGAAAUUAAAAGCAAUUAAAAGUAGAAGGAGAAAACAUACUUGUAAGAAUAAAAAAAGUGUAUGUCAAGGGUAAUAUGACAAUUAUUAUACAAAUAUAAUAGUCUAAGUUCUCUUAUGGUUAUAUGCUUAAUUUGACGAUCUGUUAUAGACAUGAACCCAAAUUUUCCUAUUUAAAAAUGAUAUAUUCUUGAUUUUAUUUAUUUUUAGCCAUGAUAUAUAAAUGUUUUAGGAACUAUCCACUAUAUUUUGGGGUCUUAUUAACACUUUUACAGGUUCAUAGAUGAUUUAGAGAAAAAUGAUAAUUUUGGUAUAUUUUGGAGAUAAAAUGAGUAAAAGCUCGAAGCAGACCAUUGAACAAGUUCGACGUUGAUAUCCAGAGUAUACCAUCGAUCGACAGCAAAGCGCGCAAAACCCAGCCGGCUUAAAAUCCAAGUCAAGACAUAUUUACAUAAAUACCCCUAGCCGACUUUUGACCUAAUAUUUAUAUGCUCUGUCAUUGUUCUAGGCAACACACACUUUUUUCUUUUUUUUACACAGCAAAAGUUUUUAGUAGAUUUGGAGAGAAGAUCCAGGACUCCUCGAGAGAUUGUAUUGGAACUUAAGUAUUUCUAACUUUAAUCUAUUUAUGAAUGUAUUUAUGCUAUUUGCUAUGAAUUGUUUUGCUAAGUCUGAGUAGUUCAUCUUGUUAGGUUUAGAGUUCAAAUAGGAUUAUGAAGGACUAGCCCCAAAUAUAGAUUGCUGAGUUGUCUAGGAUAUACAUCAGUUCAAUUGCUUUUAUUGCUUGUGUUCUAGAGUAGCUAACUAGAACCUUAAUAUUAGGAUAAUCAUACGCAAGCGGAAGCAUGUUCUGUCACCUGAAAUAAUUCAUAUUGUGCUAAGAUUGUUAGAAACAAACGGCAGUUGAUCUAGGAAACCUAGUGAACAUAGUCAAACCCGCUCUCUAAAGCUUGUUGGAAGGAACAUCGAUCGUCAACCCUAUAGGUGUAUCAAUCGAUGUUCUGAAAGGUGUAUCGAUCGACUAUCUAUCGAUAGUGCAUCGAUCGACGCUUUCUCCAGAUCAACAAACGACAGUUGAAAUCUGAGAUCCAGACAAUAUAUAUUCUAAACAAACGAAAGCUGAUAAUUUAUUACUUUGUUUGAGUUCUAGAAUAUCCAAUAAACUAGUCUAGCUUCUAUACUAUUAUAAUUCUGAUUACCUUAAUAUAAAUCUUAAGUCUAACGGUUUCUCAUAAUUGUUUACAAAACCUAAAACCAAUCAACCGAAGAACUGCCUUGUUCACCACUAUAAUUUACUAUUUCCAUAAUUGACCUAAGUCAAUUAUAAUUUGUUUAAGAUUUUUGUGUGCCUUAACUUAUUAUGGAUACGAUCCCUAAGUAUUACAACUCGACUUCUUAUUUGAAAGUGUACAAAUUACUUAGGCUAAUUUGAGUGAUAUCAAAAACUCAAGAUAAGUUUUAUUACUUUCGAAACUCAACUUAAAAAGGACUACUGGAGUAUAUAUAGUGACAUGAGCCGAUUUAGUAAUCCAGUUAACUUGGAUCUUUGUACAUCUAUGUAUGCUUUUGUGCAUGUUAUUUUACCUGUCGACAUUUUGAAACUGAAUUGAGAAAUUUCUUUUCAUACUAAACAUGUAUAUUCAAACACACACUCUCUCUCUCUUGUUCUCUCUUUCACUCUUUAAUUUCUCUCCUUUUGAUACAAACAUCUCUUCUUGACUAAUUGCGUUUACUUCUGUUCAAAAAAAGAAACAACAAAAUUGCGUUUACUUCUGUUCAAAAAAACAAAAUUGCGUUUACUUUGAAUUUCGUCCCGGCGAACUGUUCAUUUAAUGCUUUCAUAAUAUCAUAAGAACUAGUGGUGUGUAUAUGUAUCUAUACGGAUGUGAUUGUAUACUUGAGUCUUCCUACGUUUCCAUAUCCUAAUUAAAUUUUGUUAUGUAUUUAUUAAAACACAUGUACUCUUUCAUACACGCACACUCAUUGAAGUGUUUGGCAAUUAUUUAAAUUACUAUUUUUGAAACAUUAACUCUCAAAUAAGUUAUUUAUAGAGCUUGAGGGUUUGAUAUUUUUCGAUGGCCAAAUAAGUACGGCUCUUGGCAUAUCUUCGAGAUUAGUCUUAAGACUUGUUUGUAGUUGAGUUCAGCGAUACAGGACCCGAUAUUUUUUUUGUCAAAAUGAGGGACCAGAUAUAGAUGAGGAGUUGAGGACGUUUUGGUCAAACUUUAAAGCAUUAUAUAUGUAUGUGUGUUGUGUAUUAUUGGGAAUCAAACAGACAAGUGCUCAUACAAAGAAUCGCAAUAUAUAAUUCAUUUAGAUAUGUUGAUCGUCUUCUCAAUUAUUUUCCCCUUAUUUACAAUCAUCACAAGCUUCUUAGCAAUCUCAACAUCUGUUUCAUCAAUUCUUCAUCAAGAUGAGUUGAAUGCUCUAAAGAAGAUAGCCACUACACUUGGUAUCAACGGAUUGGACCUAAGUUCUGGAGACCCUUGCUAUUUAGGAUCCCUAAAGAUGAUUCCCGAAGUUGCUAUUGUUUCCAAUCCGGAGCUUAGAAACAACACCAUUGACUGUGAUUGUAGCUUCAACAAUAACACAACAUGUCGUAUAAUAAACAUAGACCUAAAGACCCUUAGCCUUCGAGGAAAACUUCCACCUGAGUUAGCUGAACUUCAAUAUCUCCAAACGAUAGACUUGUGUAGAAAUUACCUUUCGGGUUCAAUCCCAAUGGAGUGGGCUUCACUGCGAAACCUUACUUAUAUCUCGCUCUGCGCGAAUCGUUUGUCUGGGCCUUUACCAUCUGGUUUACAAAAUUUCAAGAAUCUGAGAUUCCUAGGGGUUGAAGCAAAUCAGUUCUCUGGUCCGAUUCCCGACGAGAUUGGUAACUUGACCAACCUAAAAGGAUUACAACUUGGGUCCAACCAAUUUACAGGAAGCCUGCCUAACACUCUCGCUAGACUGGUGAACCUUGAGGAUUUUAGGGUAAGUGACAAUAACUUUGAUGGUACCAUCCCAGCAUACAUUGGCAACUGGUCUCGGCUUCAAAAGCUAUAUCUAUACGCGAGUGGACUAAAAGGACCAAUACCUGAUGAAAUAGCCCGCCUAGAAAAUCUUACUAACUUGUUUAUCACUGAUACGAGUGGGAUUAACAUCUUCCCAUAUAUAUCGAGCCAAGCCAUUGAAACCCUGAUUUUGAGGAAUGUGAGUUUGUCUGGUCCAAUUCCUUCUUACAUCUGGAAUAUGCCAAAACUAAGGAUUCUUGAUUUAUCAUUCAACAAUUUGACUGGUGACGUUCAUGGAGGAAGAGCACCAGCAUAUACAUAUUUGACCGGAAACAGGCUUUCUGGAGAAGUUGAAUCUGGUGUUUUUCUCAAAAGCAACGCUCAUAUUGAUCUCUCUUACAACAAUUUCUCAUGGUGGCCUAGCUGCCAGGAGAAUAGGUACGGACAUGAAAUCUUGGAUAGAUAUAUACAUUCUCAGUUUCUCAUGUUGAAGUGUCUGUUUUCAACUUUUCACUGUUUCAGUAACAUUAACACAUACCGAAGCUCAUACUUAAAUAAUUUAACUGGGAUUCUUCCAUGUGCUGGUCCAAUCAACUGCACGAGCUAUCAGCGAACACUACAUAUAAACUGUGGUGGAGACAACAUAGUUAUUACAAAAUCUUCUCAUAAAAUCACUUAUCAAGCUGAUAACACUAAAACCGAAGCCGCAACAAAUCAGCAAUUCAAAGACUGGGGAAUUAGUAACACAGGGGAAUUCUUCUCAGAUGGUUAUACGAAAGCAACAAGUAACACAGAUGACACGUACAUCAUUUCAACUAGUUUAAGAUUAUCUGGGGAUUCCCCUAAUAUCUAUAAGUCGGCACGUCGAUCUCCUCUAUCUCUAGUUUAUUAUGCGUUUUGCAUGGAGAAUGGAACCUACAGUGUGAAACUCCAUUUUAUGGAGAUCCAGUUUUCAGACCAAGAACUAUACAGUCGUCUUGGCAGACGCAUAUUUGACGUUUAUGUUCAGGGAGUAUUGUUCUUGAGGGAUUUUAAUAUCAAAGAGGCGGCUAAUGGGACUCUGAAGCCUGUUGUCAAAACAGUGAGUGCAAAUGUGACCAAUAAUAUCUUAGAGAUUCGGUUGUACUGGGCUGGUAAAGGAACAACACUUAUUCCUGAAAGAGGAAAUUAUGGUCCUCUUAUCUCUGCUAUCUCCUUGUGUCACAGCAGUAUGGAGCCACAAUGUGGAGCAACGAAAACAGAACUUCACACCAAUUAUCCACUAAUUUUCGGGGUAGUGGGUAGCUUGAUAGCAGUUACUCUCUUGGCUUUGGGAUUAUACACUCAGAAAAUAUGCAUACGAGACAAGUACACGCGAGAAAGAGAUUUGAGAGCACAGGGUCUGCAAACCGUUUGCUUUACUUGGAGGCAACUGGAAGCUGCAACAAACAAUUUUGAUCAAGCCAAUAAACUUGGAGAAGGAGGUUUUGGAUCCGUAUUCAGAGGAGAGCUUUCAGAUGGAACUAUCAUAGCAGUCAAGCAGCUAUCUUCCAAGUCAUGCCAAGGAAACCGAGAGUUUGUGAAUGAGAUAGGAAUGAUCUCAGGUCUGAAUCAUCCAAACCUUGUCAAGCUUUAUGGAUGUUGUGUAGAGAAGAAUCAGUUGAUGCUCGUGUAUGAAUACAUGGAAAAUAACUCCCUUGCUCUUGCACUGUUUGGAAAGAGCUCCCUGAAAUUGCAAUGGGAAGUUAGACAAAACAUAUGCGUGGGAAUUGCAAGAGGGCUUGAAUUCCUCCAUGAAGGAUCGAUGAUCAGGAUGGUUCACCGUGACAUAAAAACCAGUAACGUGCUUCUAGACGCUGACCUUAAUGCAAAGAUAUCAGACUUUGGAUUGGCUAGGCUCCAUGAAGAAGAACACACCCACAUUAGCACCAAGAUUGCAGGGACCGUUGGAUAUAUGGCUCCAGAAUAUGCACUGUGGGGUCAUUUGACUGAGAAAGCAGACGUGUUCAGCUUCGGAGUUGUGGCAAUGGAAAUUGUUAGUGGAAAGAGUAAUAUGAAACGGAAAGGAAGUGAUGAUCAUGUCUCCCUUAUCAAUUGGGCUCUGACGCUGCAUCAGAGAGGGGACAUAAUGGAGAUUGUAGAUCCAGUGCUCCAACGAGAUUUCAACAGCAAAGAAGCAGUAAGGAUGAUCAAAGUUGCUUUCGUUUGCACAAACUCAUCUCCUUCCUUAAGGCCUACCAUGUCAGAGGCUGUUAAAAUGCUCGAGGGAGAGAUCAACAUAAGAGCGGUUAUGUCAGAUCCUGGUCUAUAUGGACACAAUUGGAGCAUCUCAAAUCUUAUCAACAUUGAUACACAUGGAAGCUCGAGUGUGUCUGGUGUGGCCCAUCAAACGGCAACGACAAUGCAAUCCUCUGUUUCUGGUUCUGAUCUCUACCCAUUUUGCAAUGAAUCCAUGAUCCUAAACUCCACAGCAGAGGUUUCCUCCUCGCCAAUAUGAUAUCACAAAGUUGUGUACAUUGCCUUAUCUCUUAAAAAAGAAGAAAGGCUUGUGAAGUUAUCUUAUAGAUAGUUAGCUACAUUUGUACCAUUCAAGUUGUCUAAAACCUUACUACAUUUAUACCAUCCAAGAGACUGGUAUCUCUCUGAAUGCAUGUCAAACUGUUAUUAUAUCCUAUAUUAUCUAUAAAUCAAGUUAUUUUCAAAUA